UGCAGUUAGUUAACUGACAUCACCACCAAGUGGCCGGCCACCCACGCAAUGCUGUCUCUCUUAUUAAUCUUCUCAGGUUUGGGCCGGCUCACCUCUGCAACCCUUAAUUCUGAAUCACCGCUUAUACAAAUUACAGUGCCACAGAAGAUUGAGAUAUACAACAGUAAUGGCAAUGGAUUGGAAACACAGGUUUCUUAUGCUAUCAAAAUCGACAGGGUAACAUAUACUUUUCACCUUGAAAAACAGUCAUUUUUAGAUCCUUAUUUCCAUGUGUAUUCAUACAGCAAAUCAGGAUUAUUGUUACAGGAUUCUUCACCUGUGAGGGCUCACUGCUUUUAUCAAGGAUAUGUUAUAGAGAUUCCAAAAUCAGUUGUGACAUUAAGUGCCUGUUCUGGACUUAGAGGAUUAUUGCAGUUGGAUAAUGUCACUUAUGGAAUUGAACCACUGGAAGCUACAACCACAUAUGAGCAUAUGAUUUAUCGAAUAGAUAAUAAUAAAAUUGAUUUUCCUCCUUUAAAAGAAAAUCACUUUAGUACCCAAAGGGUAGAUCCAUCCUACAAGAUCCUUGUGAAGUCAGAAAAAAAUGCAGAUAUUAAACAGUUGAAAAGAUUUAUGAGAGUACAAAUCAUUAUGGAUAAAGCUUUGUUUGAUUAUAUGGGUUCUGAAGUGACUCUUGCAGCUGAGAAAAUUGCCCAUAUCUUUAGUCUUAUCAACACUAUGUUUUCCCAGCUUAAUGUGAUUGUUAUACUGACUUCUUUGGAGAUCUGGUCUGAUAAAAAUAAAAUUUUAGUUGAUGGUGAUGCUGACACAAUACUACAAAGAUUUGUCUCAUGGAAAGAGAAACAUUUGAUGCAAAGAUCUCAAGAUAUGGCAUAUUUAUUAAUUUUUAGGGACCAUCCUAAUCAUGUGGGAGUAACAUUUCAUGGAAAGGUGUGUGAUCCAAAAUUUGCUGCUGGAAUUGCUCUGUAUCCAAAGAUGAUAAAUUUAGAGGCAUUUUCACUUAUUAUGGCACAAUUAUUUGGAGUCAAUCUGGGUUUGGCAUAUGAGAACAUCAACAACUGUCAUUGCCCAACAUCUCCAUGUAUCAUGAGUCCUGAGGCAAUACAUUCCCAUGGUGCAAAGUUUUUUAGCAGUUGUAGCAUGGAUGAAUUUAAACAUAUAAUUUCACAACCUGAACUUGAAUGCCUUAAGAAGCAAACAGUUCCUAAUGUGGUUUUUCGAGGAAAAUAUGAGCUUUGUGGUAACGGAAUAUUGGAACCAUUAGAGCAAUGUGAUUGUGGUACAGUAAAGACUUGUACUCAUGCAAAGUGUUGUUACCCUCAAAAUUGUACUUUGAUUGGAUAUUCAGAGUGUGGUAGUGGAAAAUGCUGUAAUUCAAGAACUUGCAGGCUAUAUGAAAGAGGACAUCUAUGUAGGAGAAGCACAGAUCCCUGUGAUUUUCCAGAACAUUGCAAUGGAACAUCAGAAUUUUGUGUGCCUAAUGUUAAAGCUGCUGAUUUGCAACCGUGCAACAAUAAUACUGAUUUCUGCUUUGGUGGAAUAUGCAAAUCUUUAGAUAAACAGUGUGUGGAUUUGUUUGGAAAAUAUGCUAGGAGCUCAUCUCAUUUGUGUGUUAAUGAAGUGAAUUUUCAUGGAGACAUUUUUGGAAACUGUAUGAGAAUGCCAUGUAAUUUUGAUAAUGUCAUGUGUGGGAAGCUAGUAUGUCAUUGGACACAUACGGUUCUAGCCAGUGCAGAAGGUCUUGAUAUUCAAUAUACAUACCGUGGAGAAUCUAUUUGUAUGUCUGGUGUUUUGAGAAAUCAAUCGUUUGUCCUCCCUACAGAGGAUAAAACUUAUGUGAGCUCUGGAACUAGAUGUGAAUCAGACAUGUUUUGUCUUCAUGGAAAAUGCAUUUCGACAUCUCAAUAUGUCAACAAAGUGGACUGUGAUGGACAAACGAAAUGCAAUGGACAUGGGGUGUGCAAUUCAAAUCUUAAUUGUCAAUGUGAUGUUGGAUAUGCUCCUCCAGAAUGUGAACCAGCACCAUCAGCACCAGGCGGAAGUAUUGAUGAUGGAUUUUGGCUAAUUCAAACUAAAACGUCAGAAAUGCUUAAAAACCAACGUCCUACUCAUCACAAAAAUGGACUUUUGAUCAGUUUUUACAUUUUCCUGCCCUUCCUCAUUCUAAUUACCAUCAUUGCUCUUAAAAUGAAUAUAAUACAGAGAUUUUGGAAGAAAGAGAAAAUAGUAAAUGAAGAAUCUCUAUCAGAAGACAGCAAUAGCAACAACCAAGAGUCAUACAUUUAAAGGGGUAAUUAACCAACAAUAUUUAAAAAUCCGUAGUUUGGAGAAAGGAUAUGACUGAGAAACUCACCAUCAUAACUGACCUGAAUCAAGAAUGGAAAAAAAAGAAGAAGAACUUCUUUCUCAUAUUUUGUUCUGGCUUGAUACUUUCAAUUGCACAAACCAGAAUAAAUAUUGUGAGUUAAAAGUA